AUGCCGGAGCGGACACACCACGCCGAAGACCGCUUCCGCUUGCGCCUCCAUCGAGCCCGGUCGGUCGACCUCACAGCCAACGAGCUGGUUGAGAUCCGCGCCGCGCAACGCACCUUUGAGGGGGCGUACGUGCGCACAUCGCUGGCGCAGUUCUCUUUUGCGCUCAUAAUCCUCAAGAUCUUCACCUCGGAGUUCUAUUCCAUUGGCGCGCUAUUUGCACUUUACGGCACAGGCGUGCUGCUGGUCGGCGCAUACAGACGCCAGCAGGGCAACCGGCAGUUCUUCAGUGAGGUGAGCCCCGGAGGUGGAGAGGUGGCCGAGAAGAGGUUUCGGACAAGCGGGAACGUGGUGGUUGUGCUGGCCGGAUUGAGCCUGGCGGCGUAUGUCUGUUUGUUGGUAUUGACCAUUCGGCUGGAUUCGUGA